UAACCUGCACUGCAUGCACUUUUAGAAACAUGCGCUCAGUGGACUUGUCAAGCGCUUUUAUUAUCGCUGUGACCUACGAAUAUUCUAAGUGGGUUUGUUCAAUCAGUUUUUGUUAACUUUACUAAGACAGCGCGGGCAACCAUGAGUAAAUCUGGAUCACUGAAAAUAAAGAAUUUGUUUCAUAAAACAAAAUCAACAGAUAAAGAAAAAAGGGAAACUUUCUAUGGAGAUGGAGAACCUGCAAACCAAAGCGCGAGAUCGGAGACGUUACAGUCAAGACCUGUCAGCCCAGGGGAUGGGACACUGUCCGGUGAAACUCUACCUACAACCCUGACGAGUGAAGACAAAAAGAAGAGAAGGUUCUUGUCCUUGCGGCUCAAGAAGAAACGCUCACAGGAGACGGGAAGCGUCGAUGAUUCCCUGUCCUAUUUCGGAGCUGAGGAGAACUUCACCAGUAACAUGAGUUUUGACCAGAUGAGUGUGUCAACAGGGUACAGUGUGAGGACAGAGGGGGACCAGGAUGAUACCUCCAUGCAAAGCUUGGACAUGUCGGCCUUUAGCAGCCUCAGCCCCAAGAAGUCCAGAAAGAAGAGCUCAGACGGAGUGUUCAACCGUAUCGGCAGUUUCUUUUCCAGCAAGAGAAAGAAGAGCCAGAGCAAAUCAUUCUCAGCAGGUUCAGAGGAUGGGUCCUUGCAGGGUUCUGGCUCCCCUGCUUCUCCUCACUCCCCUGGUUCUUUCUUCUUCCCCCACCAACCUCCAGAGGAGGACAGUCAGAGGACCCCGACCCCGACCCGAAGAGAGGCGGAGGUAGUGGGAGGUUCGGAGGGAGCCAGAUCACUGCGAGGGAAUCCGUCAGAGGGAUCAGUGUUUAGUGGCAGCUCCAGCCCAAGUACCUCCAGCCAAAGUUCUUUGUUUGCUGUGGACACAGGGCACCUGCCUUUUGCAGACAAUGACAGCAGCGGCCGGGGAAGCGUAAAGGAGUUGCAGGUGUCCAGGGUGAGUCGGGUGGAGGCAGAGGCAGAUGGAGAGGCAGACAGGAAUUCUGGAAAUCUGUCUUCCGCAAACCUGUUUCCCUCCGGAGCAGUGCGAGGGCCAGAGCUGAGCUUCACUGAGGACUUUGAGGGGGAGGUAAACAGGAAGCUGCAGGUACAUAUUGAACAAACUACUGUGAAAGACAGGGAGGGAUCGGAAGGCAGCAGCCCAGCCACCCGGAACAACCUCAGUUCAUUUGAGCUCUCCCAAUCUCAGUUUACCACUGGCGCCACCUCUCCGGUCACGGAAAAUAAAAAGACCUCUCUGAAGACAUCUGUUGGAGGGAAGGUUAGUUAUCUGGUGGGAGUCACUUUGGGCUCUCAGUCCCGAACCCCUUCCUCUUCAGACCAUCAGCCAGAGGGAGAAGAGGGGGAGGACAGCCCAGCUAUGGGGAAGAAGCAUCGGAGAAGGGCUCUGAAAUCCAGCAGCAGCAGUGACAUAGCUCCACCCAACCAGACCCCAGCAUCGGAUUCACCUGGGACACUACACAAAGCCUUGUGGGUGGAGACGGACCUGGGAGAGGAGGAGUGGGAGAGGAAGGGGGAGACAGCAAACUCACUUCAAGCCUUGGCCAUACCUGUUACUGUCGCCCCCGUGGAGGUAACUGAAACUGCAGGUGUCCCAGCCACCACUACAGAGUUAUCAGAAGCAGCACAUGGUGGCAAAGGGCCAAUCCUGGCUGGAUACACAACACCAGCCUCCAGGGAGACGGAAACAAACACAGCCCGGCCAGAGGAGCUCAGUUCAGGCAUAAAUUCCGAGACCAGUUCCCCUCUGGAGGACUGGACGGGUCUGAGCAAAGAGGAAAAGCGCAGGAGUUUGAGACUGUCCCAUAGUGAGAAGCUUUUCACUAAGGAGGUGUACGUGAGCCCUGAGCCAAGUUUUGAUGUUUUUGAUGACGAGCCGAAGGACGCCGAACCGAACAAGAACAACAUCAAAGAUUUGGCGUCAAAGAUCACUCAGAGGUCGGAGGUGAAUCUUCUGCCCAGUCUUAAGAAGGUGUGUGUGGAAGAUGUCAAGGAUGAUUAUAUCGUAACUGCAGAAGCAUUUACUGAAUAUGCUGACCUUAGUCACCAUGAGGCCAAGGCUGUAGACUGUUCCCCAACGACCCCAGUCCCAGAGCUGGAUGCGGCCUCUCCAACUACAACCAUGCCAGGUCGUAAAACACAGACCUACUCUAGUUCAGGAAUUAGAGGUCAGAGAACGCCCCAGGUCACAGCGUCUAAACCAGGGGAUGCCAGUGUGUCAAAGAUCCCAUCUUCACCAACUGAACCCAAGUCUAAAGCUGUCAUGGGCAUGGCUAUAGGCAAAGGUUUCACAGGUGGCGCCAUUGCAGGGAUUUCUAGUGGGGCUCCAUCACAAAGGACACCUAAAGAUGGUAGCGAAAAACCCCAGGUUGCAUCUCCUACGUCGAAAGAUCCAUCAGUUGCAUGUAAAACAGAGGUCACUGACAGCUCCAAGUCGAGGAUCCCCAAAAAGUCAUUGACAGAAGGUGUAUCGAAACCAUCACUUUCAGCAGACGUUACCACGGCGAUCAGUCUUUCAGAGGCUGGGGCUGUGCCUCUGCCCACGGCUGGUUUCAAACCACAGAAGAACCCGAAACCUAAACAUUUAAUUAUGAAAACAGACAAAAAGCCUUUUACAGAGGAAGUGAAGACUGUGAGUUCUGGGGAAAUACCAACUAGUAGGCCGGUUAAAGCAGAAGAGCUCUCCCCUACUAAAGAAUCAGUCAUGUCAUCUAUGUCCAGCACAGACCCUGAGGAGAAAAUGACUACAGCUAAAACCAGGGAACCAAAAGACUCAAAAAAACAGGGCUCCACACGCCCAGACAACAACAGCAGCAGCAUGAUACCAAAGAGCCGUUUACCCAAAGCCCCUGACAACUCUUCAUCUCCGGCCGUCAGAAAGCUGAAAGAUGGCAAACUCCACACCAGCGACACAGGCAGUAAAAAGAUCCACAUCACUGAGAAAGCUUCCAGUGCCAGUAGUCUGCCAUCCAUGCCAACCAGUCCAAAGCAGCUGGAGCUUCCGAGCCCAGAGGACAGGCCAACCGAUGAGACACUGACACCGGAAACGAAGAAGGAAAGAAAGUGGCCCUGCCCUUUGCCAACAAUCCUGCCACAACAGCCUUCCAAUGAGAACAUUUCUCAUGAUGAUUCGGAUCCUCCAACCAAGCCAGAGAAACCUGCCUUAUUAAGACUGAAGAAACCAAGUAACAUCACAUCUCCCACCCUAGACAAGACAGUUGAGGAUUCUGGGAAAACACCACCAACAAAUCUUUCAAGUCCUGUGAAAGAUCCAACGGAUUCUGUGAUGGUGGCUAGCAAGCUCCCACUGCUCCGUCAGAAAACUCCCCCAAAAAGAAAACCCAGCCCUCCCCUCAAGAAAUCUGAACAAACUAUGUACUCCAAAACAUUUUCUGAAACACAAGUUAAAUCUAUAGAUCAUGUGUCUCUGAUCACUGAAAAUCCUCAAGUAAAAGGUCAACAAACCACACCAGCAACAUACUCCUUACCAACAGCAAACAGUAGGACGGAACUUAUAUAUGAUCAAACAGAUGAAUCAUCAAACAGUGGAAUGAAGGAAUUACUGAAGGGCAGCAAUAGUAUUACACCUGAAAUAAAACUGGAAGCAAAAUCAGAAAAAGCACAAGAAAAAUCAGUAUCUGUCAAAACUGUCUCUAUUACAUGGGAGCAGCAAACCAAUCCAUCUCCAGAUCUCUCAUCAGAAACAGAGAGUUACAGUAACUAUGAGGAGAGUGUAACCAGUAAAUCACAACAGCAGCAGACAGGUCAUGUAGAGCCAGUUGUAGUCCUAGAGAAACGGCCAUGUAAUGCAAGCCCCAUUGUGUCUGCCUCUUCCACAUCCAGCUAUGAGGAACUAAGUACAUCCAGGAAGCUUGUGUUAACUAACAGCAUUCACACUGAUUCUAAGAAUCAAGUUUAUCGGAACAGUGUUGAUAAAGUCUCUUUAGCUUCAGAGAAUGUCAUACCCAAUUCUGGAGAAGAGGUAAGCAAUAAUAAAAGUUGUGUAGGGAGUGGUCCGGAUGUUGCUGAGGACAGAUCACCCAAAAUCAAAUCCCAUGUGGUUAAAGGUGGAGAGGGUCAAACUAAGGCAGCACAGCAGACUCUGCCUGGUUCAGAGAAUAAAUCUGAUACCCUAGUCCAUUUUCAGACCUCAGAUAAAGUACCCAUUGGUAAUGCAAUAGGUUCUAGCAUAUCCAUAGUUUCUGCUAAGUCUGUAGUUUCUGAUAUAUCCAUAGUUUCUGGCAAAGAGACUGAAAUGCAGGAGAGGCAGUCAAUGAAAGUCUCAGAUGUUCUAACAAUGCCUGGAAUUGUUGCAAAACCAGUUGGAAAUUCUGUAGUUCCCCUGAAGAAAGAGACAUCUUCACUGAGACAGAAACCAGAGGACAAACCGACUAAGGGCACAGUCUCUGAGAUAAACGCAAAACUGGACACAAACAAUAGAACCACAAAACAACAGGAGCAGAAGACUGAGAAUGAGACAAGACAAGAGAGAAGAUUGAGUGAAGAAGUUGCUAACAACACAUUUGUGAUAUUAGAAUGCGGAGAAUCAGAAACCCUAAGCACCAAAGCUCAGGAGGAUAAGAGGUGGGUCUUCAACCACCCUAAAGAGCCUCAAUCCCUGAAAGAGAAUUUGGCAGAUGUUAAUUCUGGGUUAACCAAAAAAAGGAUACAAGAUGACAAACUGACUGGGGCAGCAAUUAAGGGAACUGUUCCAAAACAGAAAACAAAGACUGUAAAUACAAAACCUCAGGAGCAGAAGAUGGAAAAUGAGACAAAACAAGAAUGCAGACUGACAGAAAACACAGUUUCUAAUAUAUUAGACCCAAAAGAUGAAUCUAAAACCAUAAGCACAAAUGUUCUAGAAGAGAAGGUCUUGAUCCUCAAUGACCCCAUAGAGCCUCCAUCAACACAACAGAAUUUGCCUGAGGCUAAUAGCAUGCCACACAAAGAAAGGAUACAAGACACACCAAGUGACGUAACAACUACGACAACAGUUCCUGAGGUGGACACAAAACAGGAAGAAAAAUCUAUAACUACUAUAACUCAGGAGCAGAAGCAGGAGAAUUACAUAAAACAACAAGACAUACUGAGUGAAGUGGUGACUGAACAUACAGUGUCUAAGAUAUUAAAACCAAAAGAGGAAUCAAUAACCAUAAGCACAAAAGCUCUGAAGGAGAAUGUCUUGGUCGUCAAAGAACCCAAACAGCCUCAGUCAUUGACACAGAAUUUGGCAGAUUGUAAUAGUGGUUCAGAUAAAGAAAGGAAACAAGAGGACACACCAACUGAGGCAACUAAGAGCACUGUUCCUAAGAUGGAUGCAAAAUGCGAAGUAAACACUGUAACUACAAAACUGCAGGAGAAGGACAAUGAGACCAAACAAGAAGACAGACUGAGCGAAGGUGUGUCUAAAAACCUUGUUUCUAAAAUGCCAGACCCAAAAGAUGAAUCAAAGACCAAGGGUAUGAAACCUCAGGAGCAGAAGAAGUACAAAGAUUCAAAACAAGAAGACAGACAAAGUGAAGUACCAAUUAAAACCACUGUGUCUAAGAUAUUAGAACCAAAAGAGGAAUCAAAAAUCGUAAGCACAAAAGAUCAGGAGAAGAAUGCCUUGGUCGUCAAAGAACCCAAACAGCCUCAGUCAUUGAAACAGAAUUUGGCCGACGGUAAUAGUGGUCCAAAUAAAGAAAGGAAACAAGAGGACACACCGACUGAGGCAGCAAAGAGCACUGUUCCUAAGAUGGAUGCAAAACAUGAAGCAAAUACUGUAACUACAAAACCACUGGAGCAGGAGAAAGACAAUGACACCAAACAAGAAGACAGAUUGAUCGAAGAUUUGACUAAAAACAUUGUUUCUAAAAUGCUAGACCCAAAAGAUGAAUCACAGACCAAGGGUAUGAAACCUCAGGAGCAGACGAAGUGCAAAGAGACAAAACAAGACAGACUUAGUGAAGUAUCAACUAAAACAACUGUGUCUAAGAUAGAACCAAAAGAGGAAUCAAAAACGGUAAGCACAAAAGCUCAGGAGGAGAAUGUCUUGGUCGUCAAAGAACCCAAACAGCCUCAGUCGUUGAAACAGAAUUUGUCAGACGGUAAUAGCGGCCCACGUAAAGAAAGGAAACAAGAGGACACACUGACAGAGGUGGCUAAGAGCACUGUUCUUAAGAUGGAUGAAAAACAUGAAGCAAAGACUGUAACUAUAAAACCACAGGAGCUGGAGAAGGACAAUGAGACCAAACAAGAAGACAGACUGGGCGAUGGUGUGACUAAAAACACUGUUUCUAAAACGUUAGUUCCAAAAGAUGAAUCAGAAACUAAGAUUAUAAAAGCUCAGGAGCAGAAGUACAAAGAGACAAAACAAGAAGACAGACUGAGCGAAGUAGCAACUAAAACAACUGUGUCUAAGGUAUUAGAAUCAAAAGAGGAAUCAAAAACCAUAAGCACAAAAGAUCAGGAGGAGAAUGUCUUGGUCGUCAAAGAACCCAAACAGUCUCAGUUGUUGAAACAAAAUUUGGCAGACAGUAAUAGUGGUCCAAAUAAAGAAAGGAAACAAGAGGACACACCGACUGAGGCAGCAAAGAGCACUGUUCCUAAGAUGGAUGCAAAACAUGAAGCAAAGACUGUAACUACAAAACCACUGGAGCAGGAGAAAGACAAUGACAACAAACAAGAAGACAGAUUGAUCGAAGAUGUGACUAAGAACAUUGUUUCUAAAAUGCUAGACCCAAAAGAUGAAUCACAGACCAAGGGUAUGAAACCUCAGGAGCAGACGAAGUGCAAAGAGACAAAACAAGACAGACUUAGUGAAGUAUCAACUAAAACAACUGUGUCUAAGAUAGAACCAAAAGAGGAAUCAAAAACGGUAAGCACAAAAGCUCAGGAGGAGAAUGUCUUGGUCGUCAAAGAACCCAAACAGCCUCAGUCGUUGAAACAGAAUUUGUCAGACGGUAAUAGCGGCCCACGUAAAGAAAGGAAACAAGAGGACACACUGACAGAGGUGGCUAAGAGCACUGUUCUUAAGAUGGACGCAAAACAUGAAGCAAAGACUGUAACUACAAAACCACUGGAGCAGGAGAAAGACAAUGACAACAAACAAGAAGAUAGAAUGAUAGAAGAUGUGACUAAAAACAUUGUUUCUAAAAUGCUAGACCCAAAAGAUGAAUCAAAGACCAAGGGUAUGAAACCACAGGAGCUGGAGAAGGACAAUGAGACCAAACAAGAAGACAGCGGCCCACGUAAAGAAAGGAAACAAGAGGACACACCAACUGAGGUGGCAACUAAGAACACAAUUCUUAAGAUGGAUCCAAAACCAGAAGGAAAGACUAAAACUACAGAAGCUCAGGAGCAGAAGAAGGAGAAUGAAAAUAAACAAGACUACAGACUAGGCCAAGAAGUGACUAAAAACCCAGUCUCUAAGAUAUUGGACAUAAAACAGAAAUCAAAACCCAUUAGCACAAAACCUCAGGAGGAUAAUGUCUUGGUCUUUAAAGAAUCCCAUAAACUUUCAAAAGCAAUGCCCAAGUCUGAACUGCCUCCUGAGCCAUCAACUUCCCAGAAGCUUCCUUCUCCCCCUAAACCUCUCCCUCAGAAACCAGACUCUCCAUCCAGCUGGUUAGACGUGGAGCACACCUCCAAGCAGGAACACAAUAAAGCGAGCAAGAGGAGAUUGCGCACUUCAACCAGUGAAGACGACAGUCUGGCUGAGUCUGACGACCUGGAGGACUUCAUUCGGAGCAUUAAAGAACUGGGUACGCCCUUUUCCCUGCCCCCCAAGAAGCACCAUGGCCAUUUCAAGACCCCCUCAUCCCCCUUUGUUCUGCCUGCCAUCAAGGAGGACCGCUUCGAGAAGCCCUUUGACUCUGAGGGUUUUCGGUUUGGCCUAAAAAGAACAAAGGAUAAAGAAACCCCGGCCAUGUUGAUAAAGAAACAGGCCUCAGACAGGGAGACACAGACAAGACGCGUUAGUUCAGAGGACAGCCUUCUCUUCAAAGCCCUUGAGACUCCAUCAAGAGGCCACGGGAAACCAGGCUCUCAAACAGACAGAAAGGAUGGAGAUGGUGAUGUGAAGGUAGAUGUAAAGACAGAUUUGGGUUUGGAGCAACAGGGGAAAGGAGAAGAAACCGUGCAACUCACGCCACGGCUGGGAAGGAUGUCCAUUCUCUCCAACCUGUUGAGUUCCCCCAGGACUUCCAGAAGGGGCAAAGGCCGGCCUUCCUCCUCAGUCACUGAUGAAACACCUACAUCUAUCCAGGGCACGGCACCAGGAAGGGCGGAUGGGAGUGGGAUGGACCCGUACCAGCAUGAGGAAGUGGGUGCAGCCAGUGAGUCAGUAAUCUCUCUUUCCUCACCUGCUCCUCCCCCCACUGAGCUGAAGCUGCCAGAUCACCUGGAGAAAUAUCUCAGGAUAGACAAAGGAGAUUCACAGAGUUGUGCCACACAGAGUGCUAUGGCCAGCCCUGUAAUUGAAAUAGGUCAGGGUACUGAACUACCUCUAGAUGUGGGCUUAACAGGACUUUCUAUAGGACUUCAUUCAGCCACUAAGCACAUCCCACAAAGCCAUCUGAAUGGUCUGUCUACAGCCACGUCUAAGAUUAAAGAAGUGAGAGGGUUUCAUAAACGACCUGGGAAGAUCGUGCUUCAUGAGCAUGCUCAGUUUGGAGGAGAGGCCUAUGAGGUGGUUGGAGACGUGGAGGAUGCCUCCAAAAUGAAGCUGUCUCCUGUCAUCUCAGUCAGGGUUGUCAGAGGAUGCUGGUUGCUGUAUGAGAAGCCGGGGUUCCAGGGCCGCGUCAUCCCCCUGGAGGAGGGGCCCAUGGAGCUGGUCAACGUGUGGGCAGAGGAAGUGACACCAGGGGCUCUGGACGAGACGGGUCGGCCCGUGCCAACCUCACCCAUGGUGAUCGGAUCCAUCCGCCUGGCAGUCCGGGACUACAGUCCGCCGCGGAUUGACCUGUACACGGAGGUGAACGGUCUGGGGAUGAUGACGUCGUUCUGUGACGACACCAUGGAGAUCGGUACCUACGGGACCAUACAGAACACCGGCUCCAUCAAGAUCCACUCGGGCGUCUGGCUGGUUUAUGGUGAUCCAGGGUUUGAGGGAAUGCUUGCUGUGUUGGAGGCGGGAGAGUACCCGUGUCCAGAAUCUUGGGGAUUCCCUCUGCCCUUCAUCGGAUCGCUGAGGGCCCUCCGUAUGGGAGGGAUAAAGGUGGAAUAUCCUAACGAAGUAAAGGCCCUGCUGUUCGAGAGGCCACGCUUCCAGGGCGAGUGUGUGGAGAUUGACGAUGAAAUAUACACCUUUGGAGAGGGAGGGGAGGACGAGGUGGGGGAGGACGAGGUGGGGGAGAGGGAUGUGGCGGAGGAGGUCACGGGGAAUCCAGGCAAAAGGAAGACAUUGUGUUCCGUGGGAUCCAUCAAGAUCCUCAGUGGACUCUGGGUGGGCUACGACGAGCCAGAGUUUGACGGUCGCCAGUAUCUCCUGGAGGAGGGGGAGUAUCCUGACUGGAAGGAGUGGGCUGGCUGUGGAGACCAGCUCCUGUCAAUACGCCCUGUCCGCACUGAUCUCCUGUCUCCCCACGUGAAGUUGUUCAGCGAGAGGGACUUCGGGGAAAGAGGGGUCAACGUGGACCUGGUGGGGCCCGUUAUUAACAUGGAGGGCACCGGCUUCGGCCCCAAGACACAGUCCGUUAAUGUCCAGGCUGGAGUGUGGGUUGCCUUUGAGAACCCAGGGUUCUCCGGAGAGCUCUAUGUUCUAGAGAAGGGCCUCUAUGGAAAUCCAGAUGACUGGGGAGGACAGAACUUUAGGAUCUCCUCGCUGCAGCCAGUCCACCAGGAAAACGUGGGUGGAUUAAACAAGUUCAAAGUCCAGCUGUUUUCUGAGCCUUGGUUCCAGGGCAAAGAGGUGGUGCUAGAGGACAGCAUGGUAGCCCUGGAGGAAGACUUCUCCCCAGGCUCCUGUAGAGUACUGGCUGGGCGCUGGGUGGCGUAUGAGGGACCCCAGUUCACUGAGCACAUGUACGUCCUGGAGGAGGGGGAAUACCCCAACACUGAGUCCAUGGGCUGUCUGAGUCCUGACUCUACCAUCCGCUCCAUACAGACUGUUAAUCAUGAGUUCUCCAUCCCGUCCAUAACGUUGUUCAGCAAGGUGGGCUGUAGAGGCCGUAGGGUGGUGUUGACCGGAGGGCUGGUGAACCUGCAGCUGGCUGGGUUCUGCGGACGCGUACACUCCCUGGUGAUCGAAGGAGGAAUGUGGGUGUUGUAUGAGGGGAUUAACCACCGCGGCCGUCAGAUCCUGCUACCGCCCAGCGAACUGAGUGACUGGUGCAAGUUCAGCAGCUGGCCACGAAUAGGAUCCCUGAGACCGCUAAUGCAGAAGCAGGUGUACUUCCGUCUGCGGAGCAAGGAGUCGGGCUACAUAAUGUCCCUGUCGGGCCCUCUAGAUGACAUCAAGCUUCUGCGGGUGCAGGCUCUGGAAGAGACGGGGGGAGAGGAGCAGAUCUGGCUCUACAGUGACGGAGUCCUGCGCUGCAAGCUGGUAGAGGACUGCAGCCUGCAGACGAUAGGGAGUGUUGUCAUGGCUGGCAGCAGGCUGAAUGUCUCCCCCCAGGAGCCGGGGAAGGACAACCAGCUGUGGAACAUGACCCCAGAUGGCCUGGUCCGAAGCCACCACAGACCUGACCUGGUGCUGGAGGUUAAAGGUGGACAAGGUUAUGACAAAUCCCAAGUCAUUCUAAACACAUUUGAUGAGAGAAAACUCAACCAACAAUGGCUGUUGGAGGUCCUGUAAUAGUGUCUGCAGGACGUGCUCUCUGCCCUACGGUCCAGCUCUCUGCUCUGCGGUCCAGCUCUCUGCUCUGCGGUCCAGCUCUCUGCUCUGCGGUCCAGCUCUCUGCUCUACGGUCCAGCUCUCUGCUCUGCGGUCCAGCUCUCUGCUCUGUGAUGCACAUACACCUUUCUGUUGCAGCUCAUUCAAGGGUUUAAGAGACUUCUUGAAAGCCAAAGGAUUUCUUGAAGUUUUUCCGUGCCUCUCAGUGCUCGGUGAUCCUGGACCGCGGAUCUCAAAACAUUCUGCAACAUUUGUUGGGCUUGACAGCAUCCAUGAUUGUCUUUGCGAAACACAGCCAUAAACAAGCAGCCAUUAAAGUAACAAUUUUCCAAAUCAAUGCGAAGACAAAGCAAGCAACACCACAGUUGGAUACAGAACUAUCUAUUCGGCAAGGAGCACAGCAUUUUACCAAGAACUUCACUGACGCUGUACAAAUUCCAUACCAAAGAAUAACUGUAGUGGACUAGGGCAGACUCUACUCUAUAAUGCCUUUAAAAUGUCAAUUGUUCUGAAAAGCUGAACUUCAAUGCCAUGAAUGAACCCCAGCCCUUAAGCCCUGUGUUAUGCUGCUCCUAUCUAAGUCUACUAUGGUGCUUCUUCGGUCAAUUACUCCAGUCUGUUUACUUUAGUUUUUUAUAGGCUCUUUUACAGUACAUCUAUGAUUCAUAUCAGCCGCUUCCAUUUGCGAGGCACCUUGUUAAAGUCUUCUGCGGUCAUCUUAAUCAGAGGUGUAAAAGAACUUGGCUGUGUGCACAGAUUUUGGGAUUUUUCUGGUCUUUUAGGUCCACAGCAGAGCAGGUGGAACUUCCUACAUCACUGAGCUCCAGGCAGGGGUUCAGCAGACAGGAAGAAGGUUGUCAUGUUGACCCUCCUCCUGGGACAAAUGUGAAUCCCUAUAUCCCUCUAGAUAUGUUAUUAUUUGACAGGGUCAUGUCAACAGAUGAGUAAGGUGUAGAAUGACAUGUGUAGAUAGAUUUUCCAUUGCGUCUUUUAAAGAAAGUAGUCAGUGAAAAAACAUUAUUGUCUGAAUAAAUAUUUGACUACACACCGAUGUAGAGUAGCUGCAAGCAGGUGUUUUGGUUUUGUAUGUCUUAGUAAAUAUCAAUUCCAACACUGUGCUACAAUAUCAGGCUUACUACACUGUCUCCAAUGUAAAUACAAUGCAUCAAUUUAACGCUGUUGCGAUCCGCAGAAAAUAAAUAUGGUUUUGUCUUCAUUUA